AUGCCGAAGCGCGACCCCGCUGCACCUCCAUCGUCCGUGAGUGUCGACGCUCGCUUCUACUCGCCGGUCCGCACCUCCUCCGUUGCUCGUGCCGCGACAAGCCCUCCUGUCACCUUCCCACUCGAGCGCCCCAACAACGCGAGCCAGAGCGAUUCGCUCCACCACCGCGAGCGAGCCCCGCACCAACUCAUGCCUCCACUGCUACUCGUGCCGCGCCACCACCGGGGUUCCCCUUGCCCGCAAGCUCAUACCGCCCGACGCGCCGCACCCGGUCGCCGCCGCGACCGCCGCCGCCGCCGCCGAGCUCCCGUUCGCCGACCCCGACGAUCACCGCCCCUCGCCGAACCACCGCCUCCCCGCCGCUCCGCCGUGCCGCUCGGACCCGGACCCGACGCAGCUGCUGCCCCUCCUCGCCGCUUCAACCCGACGCCGUUCGAGCCAAGCCGCCCCCGUUGCCGUUUGACCAAUGCCGACCGUCGCCGACGAACCGCCGCCGCUUCUUGCUUUGCCACCGCCAAAUCACCGCCGCCCACCGCGUCUCCGCCGCCGAGACGCCGACAUGCGAAGAAACCCUAG